AUGAGUGAGUUUCCUCAUAACCACCGUUUGACUCAUUUUGAGACACAAAGCAAACCAGGACGCACCAACAACAUGGCGAGUACCAGCAUAGAAGACAGGGUUCGUUUGUCGGAAGAGUAUUCGGAGCAACUUCUUCCAAAUACAGUAACUCACUUGAUUGAGUUAGCGUUUGGAGUAUUUGGUAAUACCAUUGUCCUAGUGAUGUAUUCCAGGUAUAUCGCCGACAAAAGCGGGACAAGGUACUUCAUCCCUAUCCUCGCCCUGGUGGACCUCAUAGGAUGUCUUUCCAACGUGACCCAAUUCCACCUGGACAACACCAUGCGAUUCGUCUACCCAAGCAUCCACCUGUGCAAAACCACUUCGUUUCUUAUGAUAAUGUCCGGCGGAUUUUCCGCCCACUUGAUUUUAACAAUCGCCCUUCAGAGGUACCUCAUGAUUUGCCGUCCGUUUGGUCAGCAGCUGACACUAUGGUACUGCAGAUUAGCUGUUGGGAUCAUAUUUCUUUUCUCAUCUGGAUAUGCAGCUCCUGUCUUGAAAUUUGGAGGACUUUAUCAAACAACAGAAAAACUAAAUACAGGAAAUGAAACUCGGAACAUCUCAGUGUCCAUUUGUCAUUUCGACGACGGUUCGCAUGGAUCUGGUGUGAUGGUUCCCUACUUCGGAACGUUGCUGCUUAUCUCGUUUAUUAACAUUAUCGUAACAUCCGGUUUAUAUAUCCCCGUGACCAAAACGAUCUAUCGAACACUCUCACCGUUCAAUGGACCCAGCUACAGAGCGAGUCGCGUUGUGGAUGGAGACACCCGAGUUACCUCCAGGGACACGCAAAGCUCAAGUGUCGAAAAGAUAAUCAUGUCGGAAAUUCCUCGACAAGGGUCAAGUUCGCGACCAAGCUGCAGCAGCGAGCGUUCACUCCCGGCCACUCCCGAAACAAGUCGUGAACAGAAGGCGCGCAAAAAAAUCAGCGUCAUGUUCAUGGUGAUAAUAAUUGUCUACGUAGUUUCGUAUCUGACGUCAUUAGUCACCCAAAUUCACAGCUUUGCGACCAGGAUUCACGUUACAGGGUACCGCCUUAACAUCUAUUUCUUCUGCCUCCGCUUCAACCUGCUAAACCAUAUCGCUAAUCCGUACAUCUACUGGUUCUACGACACCAAGUUCCGGAAAGAACUCCGGAAGUUCUGUUGUGGAACAAACCGAAAGUACUCAAUGCAAGCAAGGAGAGGGCAUUAUUUGGUAAACAAUAAUUAGAAAACGACAUAAAAUUAUAAAAAAAAAUCAAAACAGGAAAGGGGAAAGAAAAAUACGGUGUUGAAAUUAGUGCUGGUCUUUAAGAUAUUACCAAGAAUACCAAAUGAAUGACAGUGCAUAGCGAUGACAUUAUCUUGACAUAUGUCAGGGGGGAAAACGUGGCUGGUAUAUAUUAAUUGUGCUGAUUUUAUUUUUAAAAGUUGUUGACUGUGCUUUUAUGAUUUAUAGCUAUUGACAAUAAUCUCACUAUCAGGGUAGUUUAUGACUUGAUAAAUUCAAAAUUAUAUUCUAAGGCGCUAAAUGUUCACUGCCUUUGUGAUAAGAAAAAUGACUCUCACAGAUAAAAAUGGCGAUCAUAUGUAUCAUUCCUUUGUAUAAUUGUACAUGUAUAAAGAAUCGUUUGAAAACUGUUGCUACAAAUGUUACGCUAUCUGAAAUAGUAGGUGUUUUGUUUGAAUUUCAGAUUGCUAGUUAUCGUCGAUUUCAUUUUUAGUAACAAUCAUGUUUGAAGCAGGAUAUAAUAUUAGGGGGCAAGGAGAUUGCGGACUGUAACUCUUCAAAUUUUACAUGACAAGUUUAUUAUUUUAACAGAAUAUUAACAAAAUGUAUAACAAAACUUUGUUUUGAGUCUUUUAUUUUUUGGAAUAAACGUAUUAUAUGUUGCAGCUGAUUCAGUUAUAACAACAGGUUGCUAAUGGAAAUGCAAGGCGCUUUGUCAAAUUCUAGACUUCAAUUCAAAUAUAAAAUCAGUGUUUGAAUAAUAAUUUUCUUUGUGAUAACAUGGCAUCUAGAAAAUUUUUAAUACA